AUGGAAGCGACUUCGUCUCCGUCUCAACCUGCGACUGCAAAGACGCACGGCUCGGGCGUUUCGGACAAUAACGAACAUUUAUUGAGCCAUGGCCCAGAACCAGGCACUUCGCCGUUGCAAAUUCAAAGGCUCGAAUCGGGUCAGGAUGCCCCGGUAGCUCGCAGCAACUGGAAGAUCUUUGCGACCAUGAUUGCUCUUUCGCUUGCUCUUUUCAUCUCAGCCCUAGACCAGACCAUUGUGGCUACGGCCACCCCCACCAUCUCGUCAGAAUUGCACUCCGCAUCGGGCUAUGUCUGGAUCGGAGGUGCAUAUCUCCUGGCCAAUGCGGCUAGUUCUAAUAUCUGGGCCAAUCUCUCCGAUAUCUGGGGACGAAAGCCCGUUCUGCUCACUGCCGUUGCCUUGUUCUUUGGCGCAUCGAUCAUCUGCGCUACUGCGGUUGACAUGCCUAUGUUGAUCGCGGGUCGUGGCUUACAAGGCAUAGCUGGUGGUGGACUCAUUCAGUUGAUUACCAUCACUAUCUCUGACUUGUUUAGUGUUCGACUUCGCAGCCUCUUCAUGGGGCUCAUCGAGUUCAUUUGGGCUAUUGCGGGGGCCAUGGGCCCUCUUGUCGGUGGUGCUUUCACCCAGUCCGUCUCCUGGCGAUGGAUUUUCUGGAUCAACCUCCCAGUCUGUGGAACGGCUUUUGUGCUACUUUUCUUCUUCUUGGACAUUCACAACCCUAGGACGCCAGUGCUGGCCGGCAUCAAGGCAGUCGAUUGGUGGGGUAGCUUCUCCAUGCUUGCCCUCAUCAUCUUGCUGCUGUUGGGGCUGGAUUUCGGAGGAGCCACGUUCCCCUGGGGCUCGCCGAAAGUGAUUUGUCUGAUCGUAUUUGGCGCCUUGAUGUCGGUCGCCUUUAUUUAUAGUGAGAAGCGCUUGGCUAAGUAUCCGCUCAUGCCACUGGGUGUCUUCCACAACAGAUCCAACGUUGCCUGCUUUCUGGUCGCAUUCACCCACGGCUUUGCUUUCCUCGGAUCGGAGUACUAUCUUCCGACCUAUUUCCAGUCAGCAAAAGAAGCAACUCCCUUCCACUCUGGACUUAUGAUUCUUCCAUUCGUGCUCACCGAAGCCGCUCUAAGUCUGUUUGCUGGUUUGUUUAUCCAUGGCACUGGCCGAUACCUGGAGAUCGUCUGGGCGGGAACCACCCUCGUUGUUCUCGGUGUCGGGCUAUUCAUCAAUCUCGACACCGCCUCAUCGCUGGGUAAGAUUAUUGGGUACCAGAUUGUAACCGGCAUGGGAUGCGGCUUGCUCUUCUUCCCGCCCCUUCUUGCUCUACAAAGCAACGUUUCGCAACGGGACACUGCAAGCGCGACCGCAACAUUUGGAUUCAUCCGCAACGUGGCGAUGGCCAUGUCGGUGGUUCUGGGUGGCGUCGUGUUCCAGAACAGUAUGGAAAUGCGGCAGGGAGAUCUCCGCGCCGCAGGCUUGUCGUCGUCAUAUCUGGAGGAGUUCUCGGGGUCGGAAGCUGCGUCCAAUGUGGUGAUCAUCUCUUCUGUUCAGGAUGCGGAUCAACGUCAUGCGGUAACCAACGCCUAUGCCUGGAGUCUUCGUAACAUCUGGAUUCUGUAUGCGUGUGUGGCGGCUGUUGGUUUUAUUGCCAGCAUGUUCAUCACCCGGCAGCAUCUUAGUAAGGAGCAUGUGGAGACCAAGACUGGACUGAAGGAGAAGGAAUCGACCAGCUCAUAG